UCGAUUUAUACCGUGAUAUGAAUUUUAGGUCAUACCGCCCAGCCCUAAGCGUGUGUGAUUUCUGUUUUUGUUCUUUUAUUCUAAAUUUAACUACAAUGUCAGUAGUUCUUCUUUAUAUGUACUUUUUCCAUGUAGCUGGUGAGUCUGGGGAUAAAGAUACUCAUGCUGGUGCAGGCCCGCAGUCUCAUUUCAUCGGGUCACCUCAGUAUCGGUAGUCUCGUUUCAUUCUUCUUGUACCAGAAGCCCAUGUCAAACAACCUAAGGGAGAUUAUGUAUUGCUACGGAGAUACUUGGUCCACAGUCGGCGUCAUUUCCAAAGUGUUCAGUUACCUUGACAGAACACCAAAGUGUAAGGCGCUGGGACAGUUGGCUCCUGAGAAACUGAAGGGAAGCGUUGUUUUCCAAAAUGUCACCUUCACGUAUCCCUCAGCGUCUGAGGAUAAACCAGCUCAGCCGGCUCUAAAGUCCGUCUCUCUGGAGCUUCAGCCGGGGAAGAUGACGGCCCUGGUGGGUCCCUCCGGCAGUGGGAAGACUUCCUGUGUCAGCCUGCUGAAGAGGCUGUAUGAACCUCAGGACGGAGAGAUCCUGCUGGAUGGAGAACCGCUGCACCACUACAAACACAAAUACCUCCAUCAGAAGGUACAGUCGGCUCAGAGCGCUCAAAUCUCUGCAAUGAAAACAUCAUUGAGCAGUGCUCACUCUGUCUGUUCUUAGGUGGUGGUGUUCUUUGGUGUUGU